GAGAAAAGAGGUCAGCGAAAGCAAGGUGACAAAAAUACAGGGUUUAAGUGUGUAUUGUGUGAAAUGAAUGUAAACAAGAGUUAUAGUUUGUUUCUUACAUUGUGCUGGCCUGGAUUUCAACAACUGGCCCCUAUCAAGUCACUUUGUAGCCUUUAAUUCAGUUGCUUCAGGCCCUAGCAAUCAAAUUUCUGAAAUCCCUUGAAAAUAUUGCCAGAAUGAUCAUUAUCCAUUCCAGGUAAAAGCAUUUACGGGGAAAGAUUUGAAGAUGAAAAUUUCAAGCUCAAGCACUAUGGUCCUGGCUGGCUGAGUAUGGCUAAUGCUGGUAAAGAUACCAAUGGUUCACAGUUCUUUAUUACAACUGUAAAAACAAGCUGGCUGGAUGGCAAGCAUGUUGUGUUUGGUAAAGUUCUUGAGGGCAUGGAUUUGGUGAAGAAGAUUCAAGAAGUGGAUGUGGAUGGAAGCACCCCAAAGAAAGACGUAAAGAUCGCAGACUGUGGAGUUUUACAAGUAGACAAACCUUUCAACGUCGAUAAGGAAUCUAGUGAAUAGGAACCAUUUGUCCGACCAACUGUCUGUUUUGUAAUUCAUGGAGUUUUAAUAAAAAAAGUCAUAUAUAUUUGA